AUGUCUACUCCUAAAUUCCGAGUUGCCAUCUGCGGCGGGGGUGUUGGGGGCCUCGCUUGCGCUGUCGCCCUCUCGCAGGCCAGCAACGUCGAGGUCGACAUAUACGAGGCUGCAAGCGAAUUCGCUGAAGUUGGCGCCGGCAUUGGCGUCUGGCCCCGCACGUGGAAGAUUCUCUCUGCCCUCGGCCUGGCUGAGGACCUCGGAAAGAUCGCUAUGAUUCCUCCAGAUGACCAGCCAAAGGUCGCAUUCCACUUUCGCAAAGGAGACCAGCCCGAGGGCGUCAAUUUCCAUACCCUUGUCACUCCAGGAGGCAUGCUCGCGUUUCACAGACCGGACUUCCAGCGCGUCCUCAUCAACCACCUCUCGGGCGCAACGUGCCGCGCGUUCACUCGCAAGCGCCUCGUCUCGUACACCCAGCGUACCUCUACGUCCUACCCGGCUGUCACCUUGCAACUCGAGGACGGAACAACCGCGCCAUAUGACCUACUCAUCGCCGCGGACGGGGUCAAAUCCGCCGCUCGGCGAACCAUGGUGCAAGAACUGGCCACCGCCGCUGCGGCACAGGGCAAGCCCGACGUGGCCCAAAAGUUGCGGGACGCCGGUCUCCCAAAAUGGAGCGGGACGCUCGCGUACCGCGCCACGAUACCCUCAGAGAAGCUGCGAUCGCUCAUACCCAACCAUCGAGUGCUGGAAAACCCUAUGGUCUACUUUGGCAAGAACACGCAACUAACCGUAUACCCGAUAGCCCGCGGGACCCUGAUUAACUUUGCCGCGAUGCGCGCGCGAUAUGACCGCGAGUACACGACGUUCAACGAGGCCUGGGUGAAGGACGUAUCCCGGGACGAGCUACUGAGCGACUUCGACCAGUGGGAGCCGGAGGUACAGGCGCUUUUCAAGUGCGUAGACCGGCCAAACCGGUGGGCGAUCAACACAACACUACCCCUACCAUCCUACACAUCCGGCAGGGUGGUGCUCCUGGGCGACGCGGCGCACGCCAUGAUGCCAUACCAGGGAGCAGGCGCAGGGCAGGCGAUAGAGGACGCCUUCGUGCUCGCCCGGCUCCUAAGCGACCCGCGAACGACCCGCUCCACACUCGGCCGCGCCUUGCGUGCCUACGACGCCAUCCGGCGGCCCUUCUCGCAGCGCGUGCAGGCCGCCUCGCGCGAGAACGGGCUCCUCUACACGCUCAAUUACCCCGGGCUCACGUUCGACAGCGGCCCUGCGCAUACUGGUGCGCGCACGGACGCGGAGAAGCUUGAGCACAUCCGCGCACGGAUACAGGGGAACUGGGAGUGGGCGUGGGAGACGACGGUGGACGCGGACCUGCAGCGCGCACUUCGGAUGCUGGACGAGCCGCCGGACGACGGCGGGAUGCGGCGCGCGAUGCGGUGA